UUUAAAAAUUCGUUAUGGUGUUAUUUUGAAAAGUAUUGUCUCUGAAUAAUUACUCCCUUAACGACGACUUGUUGACAAAAGCAGACAAUAGUUUCAAAAUCAAUAAUAAGCAGCCGAACUGUCAAAUUGAGAAUUUGGUUACAUUUAGCAUUUUUAAAUUUCAUUAUUUAUUUGCUUAAAAAGUUAAUUUAUAUUGUUCCACUGGAUUUAUUUAAAUUUUAAUUGAAAAAAUGGAGGGUUUACCCUUUAUUCCCGGCUACACUUUUCAGAAUCCAACAAUUCGAGAUUACAAACUAAAACAAAAAUUCGGAUUCUCAAAUGGAAUACGAGUGAUACGAGAUUCAGACGUUGGAAUUGGUCCAAAGCCAAUUGAUGCUGUUUCCAGUGCAUAUGCGAAUGAAAACGACACCGUAUAUUACGAUCCAGCACUAACUUACGGACGUGUUAAAUUCUAUCCAUAUCGACAAUUUGUUCCACAUUAUAAACUUUAUUCACAAAAAUGUUUAUGUUUUAAAGCGUAUUUUCGACAGAAAGUCUUUGGCUCACAAACUGAGAAUUUUCGCAUUCGAUACGUGAAUAUUAUUUACUAUUUGGAAAAUGACACUUUAUCGAUAGUAGAGCCGAAAAUUGAUAAUGCUGGAUUUAAUCAAGGUACACUGGUGAGAAGAGGAAAAAUUACUCGCAAUCAGAAUGGAUUUUAUCAUUGGAAGCAUUUAAAUGUGGGAAUUGAUUUCGAAAUUUAUGGAGUUCUCUAUCACACCUACGAUUGCGAUAAGUUCACAAGAGAAUUUAUGACGAGUCAAGGAAUCGACGUCGGCGAUAAGGAAGAGCCACCAAUUGAUCCCUAUAUUUUAAAUCGAUCGACUGAACAGAAAACCAAUACCACUGGAAUCAAUGAAUUUGAAAAUGAUCCAAGAAGACGAUUUUUCCAAUACGACGGAAUGGUUCUAGUAUUCGACGCAAUGCAAGAAGAUGAUUCCUAUCAAAUUCUCUAUUUCUUAACAGACAAUACAAUUAGUAUUCGGGAAAUUCAUCGACCGAACGAUGGUAAAGAUCCGGUCUCAGUAUUUCUGAAAAAGACCCGAAUUCCUAAAAAUUGGAAAGACGUGCCCGGAUCAUAUCCUGGAAUGUCUCUAGAACGUGGAGAUUUUGAAAUGGUGGAAUAUUAUUCACCAAACGAUUUAAAGGUGGGAGAAACGAUUUUAAUUUUCGGAAGACAAUUCCUUCUCUUCGAUUGCGACAAUUUUACGAGAGGAUAUUAUUCGAAAAUAUUGGGAAUAGAUCAAGCACCACGUCUCAAUUGUUCACUAAAAGACAAAAAAUCUCUAAAUUAUAAACUCUCAUCUCACGACUAUGUACCAAAAAAAGAUUCCAUUGUCCGUCAAAUUUUAAAUUUUCCCCAUAAAUUACGAUAUUCGAUGAAAAUGGACGCCGUACAUCCCGAAGACGAUACACGCUCCUUUAUUCUCGAAUACAAUUUAAGUACAGGAAAAAUUCAAAUAAACGAAUGCAUCAAACCAAAUUCUGGCCGAAAAGGUGGAACAUUUUUAUCAGCCAGAAAAAUUAAAAAACCCGACUGUAAUAUUGAUAAUCCCGAAUUUUACGGUCCCGAGGAUUUUUUCAUUGGAACAAAAAUUAAUGCAUUCAAUCAUUAUUUCAUCAUCACUGGUGCCGAUUUAUUCGUCUAUCGAUACAUAGAGGAAAAUAAGGAAAAAUUCAACGAAAAUUUAAAGAAUAAUAUGAGAGAUUAUUUUCUUCAUUUAGGAUUACUCGAAAGAAAUUCGAAAAUUAUUGAGAACGAAGAAUCAUUAAUCGAAGAAACAGGAAAAAAUGCCUAUGAAAUGGAGAAUUGUUUAGAAACAUCUGAAAAUAAAGCCGAAAUUGAAAAAAUUAAUGAGGAAAAUUUAAUACAAAAAAUUCCUUCGUGUGGUGGCGAUUUGAUCGAAAAUCGGCUUCAAGAAAAGGAAUUUUACAAAUCCAAUAAAGAGAAAAAUAAAUUUGAUAGCGAAAUUCAAUGGACUGAUAAGAUUGAAACAAAUCAAAAGUAUCCAAUAGCCGUCAGACGAAAAGAAAUUCUGGGAAAUGAUAUAAUUCACGAGCCAACUUAUUACUUAUCCGAUCGCAACAAAAAGUUCGAAACGGGCCAAUUGAACUACGAAGAGGCAAACGGAACUGCAAAAAUCAAAAUUCCCAGCACCGCAAGAGAGAAAUUUGUAAAAACUCCAAAUUUCAGUGUCUCGUGAAAACUUAUAAGGCACCUAAAGUGUCUUAAACUUUAAUUUCACAAUUAAAAAAAAGGCGCAGUAUCUUGCAGUAAAUCGAAAAAAAAGAGAGAAAAUAUCCACAAAAUUGUCACUUUCAUAAACACACCUGCUUGCGUAAAUAAAAAUCAUCGCUCAAAUCAAUUUUUUUUUUGCAAUUACAAGCUUUUUUAGUAAUUUACAACAAUUUACAUUCUCGUGCUGCAAAACUCAUCGUUAAAACGGAGGCACAACAUUUUCUCAAAACACCAAAUUAGAGAGCAAUUUCAAAAAACAAAAAAAAUACUCUCUUCAAUCAUUUUUUUUUAAAUUAGUCCAUGAAAAAAAUUUUCAGAGCUGGCGAUCUUGAUGUGUAUUUCAAAGAAGCGUGUGCGCUUAUAAUGCUCAGCUUUUGGGGAAAAAAAGUAUUUUUUUCCUCCUUUGCAGCUAACACAGAGUUGACAAUUAUUGAAAAUGCUUGAAAAAAAGGCCAUUACGAAUUUCAUUUCUCGCAUUAACAUUUAUGUAAAAAUUCACAUUCGUACCAUUUCAUCUCUAAAAUGGUUAAAUUCAUUGAGAAAAAAAAAUUAAAUUCAGAACUUUCUACAAUUUAAUCAAUUCAAUUAAAUUCAAAAACAGUAAUUUGAAUUUAAAUCAUUAUAAUGAUAAUUAUAAUAAUAAUUAUAAUAAUCGUA